UACCGGAAGUGGCGACGGCUCCGCGCGGAUGGCGGCGGCGGCGGGGAUGACGGCGGCGGGCUGCGCGGGGGCUGGGGCGGCCCGCUCCCUCUCCCGCUUCCGAGGCUGCCUGGCCGGCGCGCUGCUCGGGGACUGCGUGGGCUCCUUUUACGAGGCGCACGACACCGUCACCCUGACGUCAGUCCUGCGUCACGUCCAGAGCCUGGAGCCGGACCCGGGCUCGCCGGGGAGCGCGCGGACAGAAGUGUUGUACUACACAGAUGACACGGCCAUGGCCAGGGCCCUGGUGCAGUCCCUGCUGGCCAAGGAGGCCUUCGACGAGGUGGACAUGGCUCACAGAUUCGCUCAGGAGUACAAGAAAGAGCCUGACCGGGGUUACGGCGCUGGAGUGAUCACUGUCUUCAAGAAGCUCCUGAGCCCCAAGUGCCGUGAUGUCUUUGAGCCUGCCCGGGCCCAGUUUAACGGGAAAGGCUCCUAUGGCAACGGGGGUGCCAUGCGGGUGGCCGGCAUCUCCCUGGCCUAUAGCGAUGUCCAGGAUGUGCAGAAGUUUGCCCGGCUCUCAGCCCAGCUGACACACGCCUCCUCCCUGGGUUACAACGGCGCCAUCCUGCAGGCCCUGGCCGUGCACCUGGCUUUGCAGGGGGAGUCGUCGAGUGAACAUUUCCUCGAACAACUCCUGGGCCACAUGGAAGAGCUGGAGAGUGACGCCCAGUCCGUCUCAGAUGCCAGGGAGUUGGGCAUGGAGGAGCGUCCCUACUCCAGCCGACUGAAGAAGAUUGGCGUUCUUCUAGAGCAGGACUCGGUGACCAGAGAGGAGGUGGUGUCCGAGCUAGGCAAUGGCAUCGCUGCCUUCGAAUCUGUGCCCACCGCCAUCUACUGCUUCCUGCGCUGCAUGGAGCCGGACCCCGAGAUCCCCUCUGCCUUCAACAGCCUCCAGAGGACUCUUAUCUAUUCCAUCUCGCUCGGGGGGGACACAGACACCAUUGCCACCAUGGCUGGGGCCAUUGCCGGGGCCUACUAUGGGAUGGGACAGGUGCCAGGGAGCUGGCAGCAGAGCUGCGAGGGCUAUGAGGAGACGGACGUCCUGGCCCACAGCCUGCACCGUCUCUUCCAGAAGAGUCUGUGAGGGCCUCAGCAGCUAGGACGCCGCCGUGUCCAGCCGGCCCCACUACAGCUUGGAUCGGAGACGCUGUGGUUCCUCGGGUACUGGUCCCCGCCUCCGUCAGCCUGCGGUGUGGGCAGAGCACACAGCUGGGCUGGGGUCCUGGGGGAGGUGACUGGACAGCGAGGGGACGACUGGUGCCUCCCUGGCGCUGGGUUUCCGGCUCACUGCAGAGCCUGGGGCCCCUCGGCUCCUUGGGCAGGUGGGAGGGAUCAGGACAGGUUUUACUUUGGAAGGGUAUCCGUGGCAUUUUCCUGUCUUAUCCAAGACAUGGGAUGGGGGUGGGGGGUGUGGGCAGAAAUGAUCGGCAGUGGCACCAUUUCUUCUCGUUGAGAUGUAGCCAGUUUGCCAGAAAGCAUGUCUUUGACUGGGCAGAGCCCCUGGGUCGAGGAAACCAGCACUUGCAUCUAGCUGAUCUGGAUGUACACCUGGCCCUUGGCCAUCAUGGGGCUUGUUAACAGCUUCCAGCGGAAGUCACAGCAGUAAACAGCUUUUGGUAA